CUCGCCGGCGGCUAGGUUGCUGCAGUGCUGGAAAUCCCUGCUGGUUCAUGACGGGUGGCUGGCGGGGACGCCGCAAACCCUGAGUGGCGGCUUUUGAGUAGAUUCAGCAGCGGCGGCCGCAUGCUGGAUCCGCUCCUGAGUCAGCAGGGUGAUGAGAUAGUCCAGUUUCUGGCUGAGCUCAUCGCUAGGACGGACACUCUGACUGCUCGCCACGGGCUGGAAUCCAGUUGUGGUCGCUGCUGGCGGCACCGAAUGCCAUACUUGCCUCCCAGGAAGAGGCUGGGAAUGACUCGCUGGUUGCCGUGUGCGGAGUGCAUCGGCAUAACUGCUCAUUUGAACUGGAGGAGCAGGAGCUCUUGCGCCAGAGCGCGCUCGCCGGCGGCUAGGUUGCUGCAGUGCUGGAAAUCCCUGCUGGUUCAUGACGGGUGGCUGGCGGGGACGCCGCAAACCCUGAGUGGCGGUUUCUGGGUAGAUUCAGCAGCGGCGGCCGCAUGCUGGAUCCGCUCCUGUGUCAGCAGUGUGAUGAGGUAGUCCAGUUUCUGGCUGAGUUCAUCGCUAGGACGGACACUCUGACUGCUCACAGUGGGCUGGAAUCCGAUUGUGGUCGCUGUGGGUGGCACCGACUGCCAUACUUGCCUCCCUGGAAGAGGCUGGGAAUGACUCGCUGGCUGCCUUGUGCGGAGUGCAUCGGCAUAGCUGCUCAUCUGAGCUGGAGGAGCAGGAGCUCUUGCGCCUGAGCGCGCUCGCCGGCGGCUUGGCUGCUGCAGUGCUGGAAAGCCCUGCUGGUUCAUGACGGGUGGCUGGCGGGGACGCCG